AUUUUUCGGCGCAACAAAAUCGUGAAAUUGAUAUAAAUAAACUCGAGAUUAUUAAUAUAACCCUUUUUCACUUCACUUCUCUUUCUCUCUAAACCCUAAAAGAAGAACGAUGCCGGCUCCGACGACGGAGAUCGAACCCAUCGAAGCACAGUCACUGAAAAAGCUCAGUCUCAAAUCCCUCAAACGAUCACUUGAACUCUUCUCUCCCGUCCAUGGCCAAUUCCCUCCUCCUGACCCGGAAGCCAAGCAGAUUCGUCUCAGCCAUAAGAUGAAAGUUGCGUUUGGAGGUGUAGAACCUGUUGUGAGUCAACCUCCACGUCAACCUGACCGCAUCAAUGAGCAGCCAGGACCUUCAAAUGCUCUUUCCCUCGCAGCUCCUGAAGGGUCUAAGAGUACGCAAAAGGGUGCGACAGAGAGUGCUAUUGUUGUUGGUCCAACUUUACUGCGUCCAAUACUGCCUAAAGGCUUGAACUAUACAGGUUCCUCAGGGAAGAGCACCACCAUUAUACCUGCAAAUGUAUCUUCAUAUCAAAGAAAUCUGUCAACUGCUGCAUUAAUGGAGAGAAUACCAAGUAGAUGGCCCCGGCCAGAGUGGCAUGCACCAUGGAAGAAUUACAGGGUCAUUCAGGGGCACUUGGGUUGGGUCAGAUCUGUUGCGUUUGACCCGAGUAAUGAAUGGUUUUGUACUGGUUCAGCUGAUCGUACCAUCAAGAUAUGGGAUGUAGCAACUGGAGUUCUGAAGCUAACACUUACUGGGCAUAUCGAGCAAGUACGAGGCCUCGCUGUAAGCAAUCGACAUACCUAUAUGUUCUCUGCUGGUGAUGACAAGCAAGUCAAAUGCUGGGACCUUGAGCAGAAUAAGGUUAUCCGAUCUUAUCAUGGUCACUUGAGUGGUGUCUAUUGCUUAGCUCUGCACCCAACUUUGGAUGUUUUAUUAACUGGGGGGCGAGACUCUGUCUGCAGGGUGUGGGAUAUUCGUACCAAGAUGCAAAUUUUUGCACUCUCAGGACAUGACAACACCGUUUGUUCUGUAUUUACUCGUCCAACAGACCCACAAGUUGUCACCGGAUCCCAUGACACGACCAUUAAAUUUUGGGACCUUCGAUAUGGAAAAACAAUGUCAACGCUAACACAUCAUAAGAAAUCUGUCCGAGCAAUGACCCUCCAUCCUAAAGAGAAUGCCUUUGCUUCUGCAUCAGCUGACAACACCAAGAAAUUUAGCCUUCCAAAGGGAGAGUUCUGCCACAACAUGCUUUCGCAACAGAAAACCAUAAUUAAUGCAAUGGCUGUAAACGAGGAUGGUGUGAUGGUCACUGGAGGUGAUAAUGGAAGUAUAUGGUUCUGGGACUGGAAGAGUGGUCACAGUUUCCAACAGUCAGAAACUAUCGUACAGCCUGGUUCCCUGGAGAGUGAAGCGGGUAUAUAUGCAGCGUGUUAUGAUAAUACAGGUUCAAGAUUGGUAACAUGCGAGGCUGAUAAGACGAUAAAGAUGUGGAAAGAAGAUGAGAAUGCAACUCCAGAAACUCAUCCUAUCAAUUUCAAACCACCAAAGGAGAUUAGGCGCUUCUAAAUAACUUGUAUCUGUAACUCAAAGCUCUUGUUGGAAUCUCACUAAUCUCUUCAUGAUUCUGUUUCCUAGAUCAACUUUUGAGAGGGGACCUUUGUUUUGUGGUGGGGAGGAAACAAAAGGCCAUGUACUUUAUGUAUUUUAAGGGCAUUUGUAAUUUUUUCUAUCAACAAUAAUAGAUCAUGUAUUGUUGUUUAUGUUGAGAGAACUUUGUUACUUUUAUCUCCCGUCUCUUGAUUCUCUUCGUUAGUACUUAUCGAAGAUCUAUCAUGAUUUCUGUGCAACCAAAUCUGUGAAGUUUUGUAGGACGAAUCUAAGUAUUUGAUCAACAACUUAUAUCUCUAGUCUCCACCACUGAAAGUUUUCAG